AUGGCCUCAGCAAGAAACCCGGAAUUGAAACUGUGGUUCUCACCCCGGGCUUGCUCCUUUGUCCCGCAUGUUGCUCUGUGUGAAGCCGGGCUUAAGGCAGAGCUCAUUCUCGCCGAGGUGGGGGCGAAAGAAUUCAAAUCGCUGAACCCAAAGGGCCGCGUGCCAGUUUUAGCGAUUGGCGAUGAUAUUAUCACUGAAAUGUCAGCCGUGCUGACUGGCAUAUCUUCACUCGCGCCAGAGGCACAUCUCUCUUGGACAAAGCUCAUUGGAGACUAUUCGCGUAUACGAGUGGCUGAAUUAUUUGUCUACCACUGCCCAUGCGCAAUCAUUCGCGAGCGUCUGGAGAACAGAGAGAUUCACAAAUGA